AUGUCGAUGCCAGGCCCGCCGCCGCCAGGCCAAGGUAUUCCCUUGCAGCCUGGCCAGAUGCCUUCUCCCGAGCAGAUUCAAGCCAUGCGAAGGCAGCUGGAGGCCGACGCGCAAAAGGCCGGCAUGACCGUCCCCGAAUUCGUCGACAAGCUGAGGGAGCAGGCCCAGGCGCAGAGGAUGGCCGCUGCACAGAGGGCACAACAGCAGGGAGGCCAGCCCGGCCAACCUGGCCAGGCGCACCCCCAUCAGCAUGGUCCGCCUGGUCCUCACCCCGGACCUCCUCCUGGAGCCCGUCCCGGUGCCGCUCAACCCAUCACGCCCGGCCCACCAAACCCCGCGGCUCUGGCGCUCGCCACCUUCCUGCGCGGCCAGGAGCUGAAGCCGCGUACCUGCAUUCUCAACGGCGAGCGCAAGGACAUGUUCAAGGUCAAGCGUGCGCUGAGGGCGCUGCAGUCGCCUGCGUAUGAGAAGGCCCGCAAGAAGAACCCCCUUCUGCCCGAGAUCACCGACCGUGCCUCCCUCGAGAACACCUUUAAACUCCUGCCCAUGUCGAUGCUUGCGCUUCGCGUCAGCAAGACGGACGCCCAUGAGGGCCACGAUCACAAGAAGCCCAAGCGCGUGAAGGGCCUCUGGACCGUCAAGAUUGAGCCUCAGCAAGAGGCCAAAGAAGAGAUGUACUACGUCUGGUUCUACGAGGGCAGCCAGGUCAUGCGCAAGGUCUAUGCCGCCAUUGCCCUGCUCGUCAUCUUCCUGAUCGUCUGCUACCCGCUGUGGCCCCUCAAGCUGCGCCAGGGCGUCUACUACCUCAGCUGGGGUUUCCUGUGCCUGCUCGGCCUCUUCUUCGUCAUGGCCAUUUUCCGUGUCAUUCUCUUCUGCAUCACAUACUUUGUCGCGUCACCUGGUCUCUGGCUGUUCCCGAACCUGUGGGAGGAUGUGUCCUUCAUGGACAGCUUCAGGCCAGUGUGGGCUUGGCACGAGACUGCCAAGAAGGGAAAGAAGAAGAAGUCCUCCAGCGCUGCUCACGGCGGCAGCGGCAACGCGGGUGGCGCCUUCGCCGCCGCGACUGGUCAGCCCGCGCCCGCAUCAGCCGUUACGACCGCGACCGACACGCAAUUGGCGGCACAGCAACCUCAGCAGCGCGCCGGUUACAGCGCACCACAGGUGGAGGAGCUGGAGGAUGACGAGGAGUAA